AUGGAGUCCGGUGCUGCCGUCGGUGCUAACCCAGAAACGAUUGAAGUGGAAGGAAUUCUCUAUGGGCUCUUAAAGGCAAAGGCAGAACUCUGGAAUAUCAGCGAAGUAUGGAACUAUCUGCAUGCCUCAACUGAAGAAACCAAUCAAGAAGAAGGAUUUUGGUCUGAACUUCAUGUCGACCUUCUGGAACCUAUCGCAUGCCGUCUAGGUAUAGUAGAGCUUUUGGGUUUCCGCAGUAUUUGUAAGACAUGGCAUUCUGCUUCUUUUAAUGCUUCAGCUGAAAUUGAAUCCAAAGCAUACAAAACUCCAUGGUUUCUACAGUUUGGUGAAGGUUGCAAGUGCCUUUUGUAUGACCAAGUGCAAAAUCGCCAUUUCAUUAUAAAUAUCCCAGAGUUGGAGGGUGCGACUUGCAUUGCAUCAAAUGCAGGAUGGCUUCUUGUGUACAUAGAUGGUUCGGUCUUCUUCUUCUGUCCUUUCUCUCGGGCAAGAAUAGACCUUCCACCAUUGCCUUAUUCAGAGAUUACUGACCAUGUUGCAGCAAUUUCUUCAUCUCCCACUUCUCAGGACUGCAUUGUCUGUGUCAUUAAUCAUGAAAAUAGUAAGACAUUGGUGUUAAAUUCGAUUCGACGUGGUGCUACUGAAUGGACUACACAUGAGUAUCUUGACAAUCUAGAGCGCCUACACACCCUUACAUGUGCUGCAUAUUAUGAGGGGGUUUUCUUUUUUAUGGACUCUGCAGAUGCAUUAUUGACCUUCUCUCCAGAAAAAAUAAAAUGGGUUCCUCACAGGAUAGUCUCUGUUAAAACCUCUGAUCAUACUCCCACAUUACCAUUUGCUAUAGAAAAAAACUAUAGCACAAGAAGGAUGGAGAAAAGGUUGGGUCAGUUGGGAUUACGAGAACAUGUUUCAUUUUCCAUUUGUGGAACAAAGCUCACAGAAAUGGAAAUGGAAAUUGGCAUCUCUACAGUCUCCACGCAGCAGCAGUUUGUUAAGAAAAGUGAUGGAAGAUUUGUCCCUGUUCAGCUCUAA